AUGACCGAGACUCAUCUCCGAUCAAUAACCAAUACCGGAACCUGGAUGCUCAUAUUGGUUCCUACAUAUUCUACGAAGAUCUUUAUCGGUCCUAUGAAUUUUGUGUUAGCACCUUAUAAUGGUAGUUUGCCGCAGCUGGUAUAUAAUCCCUACUCAUGGUCGAAGAUUGCAAGCAUCAUCUUCUUGGAUUCUCCUGUCGGUUCUGGCUUCUCGUAUGCUCGUGAUCCCAAAGUUUAUGAUGUCGGGGACAUGUCGUCUUCUUUGCAAGCUGUCACAUUUCUGAAGAAGUGGUUCAGCGAUCACCCACGCUAUGUUUCAAAUCCUUUUUACCUUGGAGGAAGUUCAUAUGCUGGAAAGAUGAUUCCAGUCAUCGCACAAUACAUCUCAGAAGAUAAAUUUUUAUGGUCCCCACCUUUUAACUUGGACACAUGCCCAUUUAUGUCUUUCCUGAUAAAGGGUAAUAUAUUAGGCGGUCUUUGCAACAAAGGCCAAGAAAUGGACAAAGAAGGCAACCUGAGAUUAAUCUCAAAGCAAGACUAUCUACUUGGUAACCCUAUUACGGGCUCCAGGUUUGAUGAUUUCAACUCCAAAAUACCAUAUGCCCAUGGUGUUGGAAUUAUAUCUGAUCAACUAUAUGAGCUCAUAUCUGAAGUUGAGGAAGGAUAUAUCUUGGAUGAUAGAUGUGUACGUGCUGCUCCAAAACCUGUGAAGGAUGAUUCUUUAAGUAGCACGUUUCUAUCAGAAGAACAGAUUCAGCCAACCGAAUCAUCUGCUCAUCCUACUAUCAAUUGUUUUUCAUAUCGGUACUACCUAUCUAACAUUUGGGCGAAUUACAACAGGACUAGAGAUGCUCUUAAGAUCAAGAAGGGAACCAUUGGCAAGUGGGUAAGAUGCAACAGUGAAUUCCCCUAUACACGCGACGUCCCAAGUAGCAUAGGGUACCAGUUCAACCUCACCACCAGGGGCUACCGUGCGCUUGUAUUCAGAUUUACAAUUGCAUAUGCAAACCAUAUGACAUUUGCAACAGUAAAGGGUGGUGGUCGUACAGCUGUAAGCUACCGGCCUAAACAAGGAUUGGCCAUGGCUCAGCGGUGGCUUGGCAAUAAGCCGUUGUGA